GAUAAACACUGAUUCUGUGCUUUGUCAGAGGCAUCUGUGUAAUUGAAGAUACUGAGAAUUGAGAAUUGAGUCUGAACUAGAUUUACUCAGUAGCAAGUAUUCAAGGACAUCUACUACUGCACAGCAGAAGUUGCUCAGGUGGGAAUCUCAAUGAGUGUCAAUAUGUAUAUUAAAUAAAUGUGUAAAUUGAAGUUCCUGAAGUUAUUGGUGAGAAAUGAGUGUUUUUAAAAAGUACCCUAGUCCAGCGCUUUUUCAAAGAUCUGUUUCAGAGCAGGAUGGCAACACUACAAAAAUAGGAUGUAGCUUGAAGGACUAUCACUGGUAUCACCAAGUGAAGAGUAAAAAAUUAUAUGAAGAUGCAGGUUUGGAUUUAGCAAAGCUUCUUGGAGCUUAUCGAUGGCAGACUCCUCGAUUUCAUGGGAAGACGAUUAAGAGAACAGAUGCAUCAAAAGCUGAUGAACAGCCCCUGAGACUGCAAACAGUAAUUGCUGAUGGCUGUCAAGAACAAAAGGUUGCUAUGCCAGCAGCCAGGACAUUUCGGGUUCCGUUCUGCAGGUCUAUAUCUGAACCUGCACCAUCCUGGAGAGACAGAAAUCCAAAGCCACUUUUGCAACCAGAAGGUGGUGAUCCGGACACUUACUUUAUUCGUGGUUUCUUCUCUACACUCUCUGGCAGCCUUUCUAAGGCUUUGAACAGGAGAGAAGAACAGGAUUUAGCAGUGACAGAUGAAAUGGAGGACAAACAUGUGGAUUUGGCUGCAGAUGUGAAAGGACCUGCAACUCAUAGACUCUCUUGUGGUCAGUCCCCUGAUUCAGAGACUAUAAUAUGGGAGACAAAGUACUGUAUUCUGACCAACAGCCAGCUUGUGUUGCUGAACAAGGAAAAGGAGAUAGCAAUCGAAGGAGGACAAGAACAGCCUGCAGAGCCCUCCAAAGGGCGUUGUCUACGACGUACUGUGAGUGUUCCUUCAGAGGGUCAGUUUCCUGACUAUCCACCAGAGGGAGCGACUAAGCUUGAGGUUCCACCAGAGACAUCUCCUAGAAGACGGAGCAUCUCUGGAACAAGCAAUCCCACAGAUACAUCAAAUACAUCACCUUUUCGAGUACCGGGCUUCUUUAGUAGGCGGCUUAGAGGCUCAAUCAAAAGAACAAAGAGCCAAUCUAAGCUGGAUAGGAAUGCCAGCUUUCGUCGUCGUGUGACCAUUGAAGAAAGGUCCCCUGGCUUGUCAAAGCUGAAACAAUCAUUUUCCCAUGAAUCUUUGCUGAGUCCAGGAGGUCCUAUUGAGACUUUGGAUCUUGGGACUGAUGAGAAAGUCUUUGUCAUGCCACUUCAUAGUAGUAUAAUUGGACGAAACUUCUGCUUUGAGAUAUCUUGUUCCACUUAUAGUAAAUGCUUCAGUUGCACUUCUGCUACUGAAAGAGACGUCUGGAUGGAGAACAUACGGAGGGCUCUCCAGCCUAACAAGGAUAAUUGCCGACGAGAUGAGAACCUGUUACGUCUUUGGAUCAUUGAAGCCAAAGGUUUGGCCCCGAAGAAGAAGUAUUUCUGUGAAAUAUGUCUGGAUGAAAUAUUAGUCGCCCGUACUACCAGUAAAUCAAAAUCUGACAAUAUUUUCUGGGGUGAACAGUUUGAGUUCUCUAGCCUUCCACCCACCUAUCACAUUACAGUCCACAUCUAUAAGGACACUGAAAAGAGAAAGAAAAACUUUAAGAAUAAUUAUAUUGGUCUGGUCAGCAUUCCCAUAGUUACUGUAACAGGUCGACAGUUUGUGGAAAAGUGGUACACCAUCAGCACUCCCACAGUCAAUAAGGGGAAGUCUGGUGUGCCAUCCAUCCGGAUCAAGUCACGGUACCAGACCAUCGUCGUCCUUCCUAUGGAAAAAUAUAAAGAGUUUGCUGAAUUUGUAACUAACAAUUAUACCGAAUUAUGCUCUGUUUUGGAACCAGUGAUAUGUGUCAGAGACAAAGAAGAGAUGGCCUGUGCUAUGGUGCACAUUCUUCAGAGCACUGGCAAAGCAAAGGACUUUUUGACUGAUCUGGUGAUGUCUGAAGUGGAUCGCUGUGGGGACCAUGAUGAGUUGAUCUUCAGAGAAAAUACACUUGCCACCAAAUCCAUUGAGGAAUAUCUCAAGUUGGUGGGACAGAAGUACCUGCAAGAUGCACUAGGUAUAGAAAUAUUUCUCUACGAUUACAUUUGUUAUUUCUUAUUUUAAAAGUUCAUUAUGAACCCAUUAAGGGAGAAGAGGUGGUCCGAGUUGCUGAAUCAUCAUUGGGUCAGAGAAAUUAGUUAAAGUAGCCCAAUCCAAAUAUUUGGAUGUGGGGUGAAAUACAGUAUCUGCUGUAGUUUCUAACAAAUUUGAGAAUGAUAGAUUCCUUUGAGAAGCAGAACGUUUUCAUUAUUCACAUUAUUCAGCCAUGCAAUAUAUGUGGCUUUUAAUGUAGAUAAGAGUACCUUAAUCUGUGUUCUAUUCCUAAUGUGUCUUCCUGUUCUACUAUUUUAAUUCUAAGCCCUUUAUUAUUCCUUUUUAGUACUGUUGAAAACUAUAAUAAAUCCCUUUAACUCAAACUCAUGAGAAAUAACUUGGGUGAAGCCUAACCUAUAGAGAAUAGAUUAAUGUAGGCAUCACAUGCUUUCUUUGCCCUUCUCUUAAUUGGAUUCCUAGUACUCAUCUGUAAAUUCUAUAUCCUGAUAUCCCAUAGCCCGGGGUAGGCAACCCAAAACACUCAAAGAGCCACUUGGACCCAUUUCCCACCAAAAACAAAACACUGGGAGCCGCAAAACCCCCGAGCUCCUCUGUUACUGUCCCUCUCUGCCCCCUUAGUGCUGGAUGGAUCUGACCUGGAGAAGCUCGCAAGUCUUCUCCAUUGGAAGCAAGGAGGGAGGGAGGGCUGAGGGAAACGGGCCUUUUCUAUCUGCACAAAACCAGCAGUUGUAAAUACUUUUCAAAAAUGUAAAAAGAAAAAAAGAAAAAUUACAAAAGAGCAAACACCAUGAAGAUGUAUACUCCCAUACACACAGACACACAGACACACACAUUCAAAAUCUGAAAUAUUUGAAGACCAGAGAGUCAAAGCAGGAGAGAAGCUAAUUGUGUCAGAUAUGCACUGAGAAAUCUAUUUGCAGAUUGACAAAAAAGUAACAAGAACCUAUUUAUUGUAUAUAAUGUUUUAUUAUAAAUCAUGAAUUGUAUAUUAUUGCAUCUGUACAUCUGUUGUGGUUUUGUGAUGUGCAAAUUUCAGCAUGGGUUUCAUUGAGGUUUUCAGUUGCUUUUCUAUUGUUUGGGGGAGUUUUAAAAAAAUUGUUUUGGGUUUGUUUGGGUUUUUUUUUUUUUGACAGGACACACACAGGCCGGGCGGCAAUGUCGGCUGGGGCAGUGGGGGCAUUGCUUCACAGGCCGCCGAGCCAGCCA